ACAAUUCAAUUCAGUCCGCUGUGUGGAGCAACGUGGAGAAGAAUGGGCGUUUCGUCUCCAUCGUUGCUGCAUCAACGUUAAAAUCGAGGAGACCAAGAGGAAAAAAGUUUUCAUUUCCGAUAGAACUAAUUCAAUCGAUUAUAAAUGGGCGAUUCUGGGAGUUGAACCGAUACAAAAGGCAUCCCCCGGCGAAUGAACGAGAACCCGGCGGGAUCAUCAUCGAGUAGACAGAAAGGAACGUUUAAUGUAACAAGAUAAUUCGCUGGUCGUUUGAAAUUCGCGUAACCCUUCCGAGAAUCAUUCGAAUCUGUGCAUACAUCGAAAACGUGUCCAAGGAACGUCGACUCGAACAAUUGAAGGAGUCAGUGUAGUUCAACGGAGGAUCAGCAUGCCCAUGUUAAUGCAAUCACAGGCGCAGAUUGGCGGUGCGAAAGUAGCGGAUUUAUCCGGCCGAAAUGAACAGUCGUCUCACGGGCAGAAGCUGCAAACGCCCCACGAUCAGGACCAUGUGCAUCAACCAUGGGACAGGGACCAGUUGCAGCAUCCAUGGGACAGGGACCAGUUACAGCACCAGCUACACGACAGGGAGCAAUUGAAUCGUGACAAGAUGCAACAGCAAUGGGAUCGCGACCGUGAACGGGAGAAGCUGAAUAAGUUUCAAUCGAUCAGCAACUUGUUACUGGACCUGCCAUCCCCAGCCAGCUUUCAAGGAUACUCCCAGGACACGAAUAAGAGCAACAACGUUAAUGCAGACAUGUCGAUCACGGAUCUGUUUGGACUUGGAAUGCCUUGGGGAUUGUCCCAAGGACUCGGGAUACCUUCGUUCAUGAACAACCAAUCGACGUCCGGGUCACCUGGUUUUCGGAAUCAUCAGCACCAGAAUCGCAGUCCAGGAUCUUCUCAACACUACCAGUGCGAGGACACGAACAGUCUCUAUUCAAACUCAUCGAUGUUGGACGUCCCAAGUUCGCCGAGCUCUAUCGCCACACCCAGCAGCCCCAGUACCACAAGUAGUCUGUACUCAAAUCCCUAUUCAUUCACUUCUACGAAUAACAAUAACAAUAAUCAGACGGCAACAUCACCGACAAGUCGAGGAUCUAUGCAGCACAUAGGUUCUCCUACAUCCCCCAUUCAAUCUCCUUACUUUGGAAGGCCCAUUCGUGGGUCUACUCCCUACAGCGACUGCGGCAGUCCUACAUUCGAUUAUGGUCAUGGGUUAAAGUGCAACGGUUCCAGAUCAAAUUCACCUGCGGAUUCGGAAACCAGUGGCGUAAGCAGCAUGGAUGGUUCUCUGUCUGACAUCAUGAAUUGUCAGUCGGUGAACUCACCGGGAUACUACUCUCAGUCGCUGGUCUCGCGAAUGUCACCGGAGGAUGUACUAGAGAAGAACAGAGCGAUUGCGUUACAGCGAAUGAGAAAGUACUUUGUAAAUCGUUACGAUUUAGAUCCGCGCUACGCUGCGGAUCGCGUGGUACGAUCUCAUCAAAACGCUGCUGAUGUUGUUUCAGCAUUGUGUAAUCCAACAUGCACCUGGAGAGGUGUGUUGCCACCACGCACUCAGUAUCACUCGGGUUACUCGUCGAAAGUAUUUCUUGGGGGUGUACCAUGGGACAUCACGGAAUCUCUCUUAAUCGCCACUUUCAAGCAGUUCGGCCAGGUACGCGUAGAUUGGCCAGGAAAAGAUCAAUCCGCACCGCAACCCAAAGGACACGUAUAUAUCAUAUUUGAGUCUGAAAAACAGGUGAGAAACCUGUUGCAAUGUUGUACACAUGAUUUUACCAAUGGAGGUAGUUGGUAUUACAAGGUAUCAUCAAAACGAAUGAAAGCAAAAGAGGUACAAGUAAUACCUUGGGCCUUCGAAUACAGUAAUUAUGUGAGAUCCAGAUCGCAUAAGCUUGACCCUGAUAGAACAGUAUAUGUUGGCGCACUUCAUGGCAUGCUAACUGCUAGUGACUUAGCAAAGAUUAUGGAUGAUUUGUUCCAUGGAGUUAUUUAUGCAGGUAUUGAUACUGACAAACAUAAAUAUCCAAUAGGAUCCGGUCGCGUUACAUUUAAGACAAAGCAUUCGUACAUGAAAGCAGUCGCAACGGCCUUUGUUGAGAUAAAAACCCCGAAAUUCACGAAGAAGGUACAAGUUGAUCCGUAUCUUGAAGAUUCCAUGUGCUCUGAAUGUUCAGUGCAGCAGGGGCCUUAUUUCUGUCGUGAUGCGAUGUGCUUGCGGCACUUUUGCCGUAUCUGCUGGCAAUGGCAGCACUGGAUGGAAACAAUGUGGCAUCACGAGCCGUUGAUGCGUGACUCAAAGACUCAUCAUGUGGUCGGAUUGUCGCCAUCCUUUAACUUCCCAGAGUACCACCGUGCACUGAUGAACAACGCCGCGAUUUAAGUACAGUUUACCAAAGUUUCCCUUUCGCGAUAUCAUACUCAAAUUCUUUUUCUUUUUUGACUAUUUGUUUUCGCACGGACGUCGCGCUAGCUGACUUACUGACAGGGUGCAAACUUAGUUUUAAUCGCUGGGCUGCAGGCGGUUGGUUUGACGAUAUACCAAGCAGAGAAAUACCGGCUAUACCAGCUGAUCGGCAAAAAGAUUCAAACGAAUUGUUUAUUAUUGUUGUUAUCGUACACGUCCGCGGUACAAAGACUAAUUGAGAUGAUUCAGAGAAAGAGAGAGUAAUGAAAAAGAGAAAAUCGCGCUUCAUGAAGAGUUCCUAUAUUUACAAAACACGGUUAUCACCUACGUUCAACGAAAACGAUACUUUUAUUUCGUGCAUUUACUUAGGGACUGGUUGUCGUGUUAAUCGUUUUAUUGCGAAUAAUGGAAAUUGUGCCAUUGAACAACAACGAACGUCGGCACGAUGUGCAACAUACGUGCAGCAGUCAGACGCGUAUAACUGAGUGUGCAUUUAGUAUUGAAUUCAUGUGGGCUCAAUUGUGGCUUUUAUAGUGACAAUAAUUUUUAUGCGAUACCAACUGGAAAGCCACUCGACUGCUACAAAGAAAGAUAAGAUCGAGAUAGAAAAAUAAUACAAGUGCUAUGUUCGGUGGUGUUUAGAAAUACAUUCGUAAAAUACAACGCGCCGCUAUAAUGAUACAUCGGCGAAAAUAUUACGCUUAACCGUAAAUUAUGCGGGGAUAUUAGAUUAUUGUAGUUUUUGAAACAACCAGGGGGAUUUAAAUCGAACGAUUUAUUAUUAUUUUCCGCGGUGAACGCGUUUUCAUUUCAUAGAACAUGUGUGUGAUGACUUUUCAUCGAGUUCUAACAAACCUAUUUCCCCUCGUAAGACGUUAUUCUAUUCCGGCGUUCGUCGGCGAUACUGCCCGUCGUUGUAGUUUUACGUUAGAUCGUACAAUGUAAGAGUAUUGCCAAAAAGAAGUGGCCACUGUAUUCAUAAUUUAUAUUCUUCGUCGAAGAAAACGGUAAGCGUCGCAAACUUUCGUUUACAGGGACUGUUUAACUGUUGACGAAAUGGAGUAGUACACGGUCUACGAUUCUGGAGCGGAUUGUAGUGAAUUGAUUCUGUUUUUAUUUUUUGUUACGAUAUUAAGUUAUGUAUUUUCUUUCAGCAAGAUUUUCGUGGUCUUCUCAUCGCGUUUCUGAUGUUUUGAUAUCAUUUUGUUGAGUCAAUUAAAAGUCACAUUUUUUGCAGAUAGA